AAGCAAUUCAAAACAUUAUUUCAAUACUCGCAAAAAAAUACCAACUUCAUAAUAAUAACUUGACAAAUGAAGAACUACAACAAUGUAUUCUUGAAAUGGUUCUUGCAGGCACAGAUAAUACUUCCAAUGAGACAAGACCGAUUAUUGACGCAAAGACCAAGCAGGAUAUAGCUCAACAACCUGUUAACAAUGAAAUUCUUAACAUGCUUCCAAGAAAAAAAGUUGUUUUGUCAGGGCUGCCAGUGUUGGAGGAUAUGCUCAAACAUUUUGUGAAAGCAAUGAAAGAAAUUAUUAGAUAUAAAAGAAACACCUUGAACAUUACAGAUAGAAAAGUAGAUUGUGAGGAUUGGAAUUCUUUUUUAGAAAAUUUUAAAAAGACAACAAAUGAACUUAAUAUCGAAUUCAAUAUCAUAAAUAUUUUAGACAUAAAUCAACGAUACUCUAUG